AUGCCGCCACACCCAGCGGAUUUGAUGCCUGACAGCAACACAAGUUUAUCAUCCCGCAGCUCGAUCCUGCCUGUAUUCGCUGGCCUGUGGGACUCUUCAAAGACGACAGCUCGGUGCUUCUGCCUCACCUUGCUGCACGUCUCCCUCAAGCUGCAGAAACCUGUCUGCUUUGAAGGGCUCACAUCCCUUCUGGUGACCAGUUCUGACACUGAGAGUACCUUCUUGGCUGCCAUGGCUUAUGACCGCUCUGUGGCCAUUUGCCGUCCUCUUCAGUACCCCGUCCUCAUGAGGGUGAAGGUCUGUGUUGGUCUGGUGACUGGGUCCUGGCUGUGUGGGCUGGUGAAUUCGGUCACACACACGGUGCUGGCCACCACACUCACUCUGUGUGGGCCCCACCAGAUCAGCCACUUUCUCUGUGACAUCCCAUUGCUCCUGAAGCUCUCCUGCUCAGACACCUCUGUCAACGAGUCUGUGCUCCACGUGGCCAGUGCCACCAUUGGCCUGAGCCCCUGCCUCUUCACUGCAGGCUCCUACACACUCAUCAUCGCGGCCAUCCUCAGGAUUCCCUCUGCCCAGGGCAGGAGGAAGGCCUUCUCCACCUGUGCGUCCCACCUCACUGUGGUGGUGCUCUUCUAUGGAACAGCCAACUUCAACUAUGACAGGCCCAGAGAAGGCCACUCCCUGGACACGGACAUCCUGGUCUCUGUGCUCUUCUGUGUGGUGACCCCCAUGUUGAACCCCAUCAUUUACAGCCUGAGAAACAAGGAGGUCCAGAGUGGCCUGAGGAAGCUGGCUGGGAGACAGAUUGCAUAG